CGUACAAGCAUGGACGCGUGAGAGUUGUGUCAACUGUGUUUUGAUGGAGUAAAACCUUAUUUAUAUCGCCUUCAAGAUAUUUUUUCUUGGAAUUAGAGUUUCACUGAAGUCAAAUUACUCCUGUAUUCAGAUUAUCAUGCCGUCCGCCUGUGAUUCUCUGAUUGACGACAUUGAGGACAUGGUGUCCUCUAAUGACCCCACUCCUCAUGAGAGGCAGUCAGCCAGAAAGAGCAUCAUACCAAGGUCUAGGAAAAAGAAAGAGCUUCUGAGCAAUGAGGAGCUGCAAGCUGACAGUUUGAUUCCUGGUACACAAAAGAUCUGGAUGAAAACCUGGGGCUGCAGCCAUAACAACUCUGAUGGAGAGUACAUGGCUGGACAGUUGGCUGCCAGUGGAUACAAGAUGACUGAUGAUCCAUCUGAAGCCGACCUGUGGGUGCUCAACAGCUGUACCGUAAAAAACCCAGCAGAAGACCACUUCAGAAACUCCAUCAAAAAAGCCCAGGAGCAGCAGAAGAAGGUGGUAGUCGCCGGCUGUGUUCCCCAGGCCCAGCCAAGGAUGGAGUACCUCAAAGGACUUAGCAUCAUUGGGGUCCAGCAGAUUGAUCGAGUGGUGGAAGUAGUAGACGAGGCUGUUAAAGGGCACUCCGUUCGUCUGCUGGGUCAGAAGAAAGACGGAGGCCGAAGGCUUGGAGGAGCCAGACUGGACUUGCCUAAGAUCAGAAAGAACCCUCUCAUUGAAAUCAUCUCCAUUAACACAGGGUGUCUGAAUGCAUGUACCUACUGUAAGACGAAACAUGCCAGAGGCGACCUGGCCAGUUAUCCCGUGGAGGAGCUGGUGGAGAGAGCGAGGCAGUCCUUCCAGGAGGGAGUUUGUGAGAUCUGGUUGACCAGCGAAGACACAGGGGCCUACGGUAGAGAUAUAGGUACAGAUCUGCCCACGCUGCUGUGGAAGCUGGUGGAGGAGAUUCCUGAGGGAGCCAUGCUGAGACUGGGCAUGACAAACCCACCGUAUAUACUGGAGCACCUAGAGGAGAUGGCUAAGAUCCUGAAUCAUCCUCGCGUCUAUGCUUUCCUUCAUGUUCCUGUGCAGUCCGCCUCCGACAGCGUCCUCAUGGACAUGAAGAGGGAGUAUUGCGUCAAUGACUUCAGACAAGUGGUGGACUUCCUCAAAGAAAGGGUCCCGGGUGUAACCAUUGCGACAGAUAUAAUCUGUGGUUUUCCCGGUGAGACGGAGGAGGACUUUCAAGAGACGAUAGAACUGGUGAAAUGCUACAAGUUCCCCAGUCUGUUCAUCAACCAGUUCUAUCCCAGACCUGGUACACCUGCUGCUAAGAUGGAGCAAGUGCCAGCACAUGUGAAAAAACAACGAACGAAAGAACUGUCACAACUCUUCCAUUCUUACAACCCCUACGACCACAAGGUUGGUGAGAGGCAGCACGUGUUGGUGACGGAAGAAUCCUUCGAUACCCAGUUCUAUGUAGCACACAACAAAUUCUACGAACAGGUGCUGGUACCUAAGAGGUUGGAGUUCAAAGGGAAGAUGAUUGAGGUGGACAUUUACGAGGCAGGAAAACACUUUCUGAAAGGUCGGCCAGUAGAGGACAGUAAGCCUUUCACUCCUUCCAUUGCUGCACCACUUCAGAAGGGAGAGGUGUCCGGUCUGCUGCAGGAACAGAUGGCCAAUGGCGUCCACAGUCCCGCUGCUAUGCCUCCUUCUUCUGUUAUGUUGUUUGGUUGUUACAGUGUCGAUCGGGAAGUACUGAAAAAGCUGGGAGUCGGGCUGGCACUGGCAGCAGCGAUCAUGGCCUUUAUUGUGGAGAAACUGUACUGAUGUGAACUGUCAAAGGAUUUUACACCAAGGAGUGGAUAGUGACAUCCAAGGAGGUCAAACACUGUGUUUAUGGAGCCUGGAUACAGUGAA